AUGUUAUCCCUUAAAGGCCUUCUGAAUCCUGCCCCGUCCGGCGAAGAGGAUGCUUCCCCUUUCUGUCGACCAAGUCCCACGCCCGAGUUUCUACCAGUCCCGAACAACGGAGAGUCUUCUAAUCAAGCAAGAGAUCGUUCUAUGCUAUCUAGAUUCAAGGACCCAAACAACAUGGCCAAGUCAAAGCUGCGUGGUCAAGUCAGAUUUUCCCCUUUCGAAAACCUGAACGAGGUGGCUUUGCAUGAAAUUCACAGAUUUCGAGUCACCCCGUUUGGUCACAUCCAGGAAACAUGCCUUCAUAUCCCAUAUAACAGUGGCAAAAAGGACUUCUUCGAAAAGACUGGGCGAGAGAGCUUUGAGGUCUUCAAAUACGAGUUUGCUCUUCCCGGAGAGAGCGCUGAGUAUCCUGUAAUGUGGGAUUAUAAUAUUGGUCUUGUUCGCAUGACCCCUUUCUUCAAAUGUCGCGGCUAUGGAAAGACGAUGCCAGCGAAGAUGUUGGGCCUUAAUCCCGGCCUCAAAGAGAUUACACAUAGCAUUACUGGAGGUUCUAUAGUUGCUCAAGGCUACUGGAUGCCAUACCAGUGUGCCAGAGCUAUCUGCGCAACCUUUUGUUAUCCCAUCGCUGGGGCUUUGAUACCCAUAUUUGGCCCGACGUUUCCAAACACUUGCAUCCCUCCCAAUAACCCUGAAUUCGGCAGAAUGAUUAUCGAUCCGCAGUUGAUCACCGACGCUACGCGUGAAGCCGAGAUGGCUCGGCGUAUGCACAUGAAUACAAUCCCACCUAGCUUCCACGGCGCUACAAGUUUCCCGAGAAACGAUCGGAGUAUUUCUCAAGGCAUCCAUUCACAAGAAGAACGCCGGCAUCAGUAUAGACCGCGUCUGUUUUGUGACCCAGCGUGGGCGGUGGAAAACGACACCGACCACCCCUACAUGUCUGCCCCUAACUCGGCGUCGAGUAACGGAUCAGGGUUACCUGGAUACAUGAUGACAUCUCGACCGGGCUCUAGCUGGACUCCUGCGAACCAACGGAGUCCCGAGCCCAACCCUUGGCUCAGUGCCAUACCUCGCGAUACGCAUUCGCAGCAAGAAAUAACUCUUCCCACCGCUGCGUGGGGGCCUAAACGCCGAUUCGGCGAUGAGGACUGGGGAUCUAGCUAUAGAGGAAGUGCCAGUCCCAUUGUCAGUACAACGUCUAUUGUCAUGACCCCGGAAGCCAGCCCUGUGACAGAGCGAGUGAUCAAGGUGCCUACCGCCGCAACAGAUAUGGCCCAGAAGAACGCGGCCUUGCUUCUAUUAAAUCUCAGCAUGCAGGAACAAGGACCCUCCGCUCCUAAUACCGUCGGCUCACCUCCAACUGUCCCCAUGGAAGAACCGGCGUUGGGAGAUGAACAUCGCAGCAAAAGACACCGAGCCACACCAUUUUGA